AUGAGAUCAUCAUCUACCCGUUUCGUAUUCAUUGCUUUGGCUGUUGUGGUCGUCCUCAUGAUGACCAUGAGUAGCACCACUCAAGGUUUGAAAUUAAAGGUCGGCAACAUUGGUAAAGCCGUUGGUAAGGUCGUGAAAGAAGUUGAGAAGGAUGCUGGUAAGGUAAUAAAGGAAGCUGAAAAGGUCGUUGAGAAGGGAUUGAAGGCAUUGGAGAGCGUUGGAGCCUCUUGUAAAUACUCCAACACACCUGGAGACAAGAGAUUUGAAUGCGACGUUGGCUUUAAGCAAAAGUUGUUGGCCAACAAGCUUCACCUCAACGCAGCUGUUUGGCUUGAUUUCAAUAUUGACCAAUUGAAGAUUGAUGUCGGCGUUCAGGUGGGAGGAAAGACUCUCCUUCACAAGUCUAUGGGUGUCUCCAUUCCACCAUUGUGCGUUGAUGUGAUUCCAGAAGUUGGAUUGUGUUUGAAGUUUGAGCACUUUGCUGCUGAUCCAAAGAAGGAUUGCUUGAGUGGACAUUUGGACUUGUACUUUGAAGCUUUGGGAGAGAAAUUGAAGGUCUUUGAUCAAGCAGUUGGAUUCCAUGUUGAUAAGUGUAAGGCAUAA